GUGUGCGACGCGGAGGGCAGGAGGCCCAAUGCGAAGCAGAGCAAAAUGGAGACGGCGGCGUGCGAGGACAGGCUGGCGUGCGGCGCGGAGAGCAAGACGCUCACGGUGCUCCACGAAGCCACGAAGGCGGCGUGCUGGACGAUUUGGCAGAUCAGCCCAGCGGGCGAGAAACCGACGGAAGCGGCAUGCAAGCUGACGGCAAUGUGCUGGAAGGGGCAGGUUAUGAUGCGAACGCCGAAGCAGUUCGAGGGCGAUUGCAACCGCCUCCGCUACCGCUGGAACAGGGCGACGGAGGAGAAAG